UUUUUGCAGUAGUUGCAGAAUUUGGUUGAACACCGAGUUCGUUCACUUGACUCUUUCCCACUUGCACGCUUGUCUUUCUUUUAUCUCUUUUCUUAUCCUACACACCAUGUCUGUUAUAAUUGUACUGUUUCUUAUUGCUGCAAGUAGUUUUCUCAUUGCUCUCUUUUUGCAAUGUCCUACAAUGGAAACGUUCCUGACCAUGAUAACCAACACACCCAGUCUUGACGACAAGUCUAUACGCAACUUGAUACCCAUUCAACAGCAAAUCGGCAAUGCCUUACUACGAGCCAGAGUCAUUGCACUCGGUCGACAGCAAAGUGUACUCGAGAUUUACCGACGUAUCCAUGUAUUGGACGUCACUUUCUACGGUUUCUGGGGCAAGUGGUAUGUGUGGGGCCAGCAUCAUCCUGUUAUUACCGGGCUUCGCGACGGUGCACCCUUGCUGGAUUACAUUUUUCGGGAUGCGUCGAUGGCAUGUCAACUGGCAAAGGAUUGGCAAGCGGCUGAACGGGCGUUGGUUCGACCCAAAAUGCAAGACGAUAUCCGACCCUUGGAAAUGUUUCAACGUAUUGCAGAACAAUUAUGCCAAGUCAAAUCGCCGGUAGCAAACAUCGAUGCAGCACUUGCGUUGCAUAUGGCAUGGCAAGCUUCUGAAGCUGCACGAUGCUAUGAGCAAGCCAUCGCAUGUCUGAUCAGCUUGGUGAGAUUGGUGGAGCAUAGCAUCGACUAUGACCCAAUCGUCCGUUGGUUACAGCUGACAGUGGCCGAUAUUCUUUACAAAAAGCGAUAUGAGCAUACGUUGGAGAUAUACAGACAAGUUAUCGGUCGCAAUGUGUAUGAUGAAAAGUACUAUCGCAGCAUUGGCCAGAUCGCACGUAUCCUUUUCCACGACAAGCAGUAUGAAACGGUGAUAUCGCAUACCGGUCAAGUACUGAGGUAUUACCGCAACCAGAUCGAUAUCGACACGGAGCAGAUUGGCCAUGUGGCUCUUGCGCGCAUCCAGGCACAGUUGAUCUUGAAGCAGUGGAAGGAAAUGCAACACGACCGGUCAUGGAUGCAGUACUUUUGUGCAGCGGACGGUGGACAGAGUCCGGAACUGACAUUUGUGGGACGGCUGCACGAAGCGUGGGCAGACCACAACGUCGAGCUGUACGAGUUGGCCGUGCGGGAGUAUGAUCGACACAACCCAAUGUCGGAUGAGCAGAUAGACCUUUUCCUAUCGGUCAAAGCACGCAUCUUAAAGGCAGCACCACCAUCCCUCAUUGCAUCAGCAUUACCACCUCCAUCAUCACGACGGUAAAAAUAAAAAAAAAAGUAACUAUUUCCUAUUUUUUUUUUCUUUCUGCAAAUUUAACUCUUUAUUAUUAUAACGAAUUCCA